CUUAAAAGAUUAGGAUCUUCAAAAAGGUACAUUUAUUUGGUUUGGCUCCACCAUGAAAGACUUGGGAAGUGUUUUUAGACUCAUCAGUCAACACACGGCAGGGUAGGUUCCAAAUUCCUGUCAUAUCAUUGUUUUUGCACUUAUAAAUGUGGAAGCCUCCUUCUGAAUGCAUAUUCCAACUUGAAAACAUUUCAAAGAUGCGAAUGAGUUCUUUCAGUAUUUUUGUCUUUCUUCUCUUCUCAGCUGCUUUUAGCAUACAAGAAGUAACAGCUCAACAAAGAAACUCUACCAUAAGUUUAAACUCUACCCUUUCCCCUAACACCAACACCUCUUGGUUAUCAAGUUCCGGCAGAUUUGCUUUCGGUUUUUACCAGGAAGGCGAUGGGUUUGCCCUUGGAAUCUGGCUAACCACAAAUCCUGAGAAGACGGUGAUUUGGACAGCAAACCGCGAUAAUCCAAAAGUUUCAAGCAAUGUUGGAUUAAUCUUUACUAGUGGAGGACUCAUCUUGACGCCUGCCCAAGGCGAAAACAUAACCAUCUCUCGCCAUAACAAACUAGCUUCAUCAGCCUCCAUGCAAGAUACAGGCAAUUUCGUUAUCUGUGAUUCCGGCUUAAAGGUCAUUUGGCAGAGUUUUGAAUCCCCAACAGACACUCUUCUUCCAGGCCAACGUCUCUUGCCUGGGAUGGUGAUGUAUUCUAGCGCAUCGGAUGCUGAUCAUUCGAAGGGUAGGUUUCUGCUUAUCAUGCAGACAGAUGCUUAUCUAGUUCAAUACCCAGCAUUAGCGCCUUAUACAAUAACAUAUGGUUACUGGGAUUCCGGACCAGGAAGCGCAGGAACUAAUGCGACUCUGAAUCUAGACAACGACGGGAAAUUGUACUUACGUAAUCUCACUGGUAUUGCGAAGAUUCUAAGUGAAAGCAAAGGAAAUGAGACGAUGUAUCGUAUGACGGUAGAUGUUGAUGGUUUCUUCAGGCUGUACUCACAUCCAUUUACUAGAAAUGAAAACUGGACAGUCGUGUGGGCACCAGAUAAGUACGAUAACUGCGGACCUAAGGGCUUAUGCGGCUCCAACGCCUACUGCACACUCAUGGACCAGAAAGCUUCUUGUCUUUGUCUUCCUGGUUUCCUUUUCGUAGACCCGGAUCAACCAACUCUAGGGUGCGAGAGACAGGUUACCAUCCAAAGUUGCGGCAGCAGCAGGAAAGAAGAAUUUGCGGACAAUAUGUCCACAUUGGAGAAAACAGAUUGGACAGAAAUGGAAAUCAAUACUUAUUCUGUCGCAACAUCUGCAAACGAAGAUGAAUGCAGGGAGGCAUGCCGAGUGGAUUGCAACUGCGAAGCUGCAAUAUUUGACGAUCUUAAAUGCAGAAAACAAAAAAUUCCUUUGAGGUUCGGAAGAACAGCUCUUGACGCCUCCGCAAAAACAACUUUCAUCAAGGUAGCCAACAGCGAACUUACCGUCGAAUCCACAGAAGUCCCAAUCAAAGACAGAAAAAAAGAUGUUCUUAUUCGCGUACUAGUAGCAAUUGUUAGUCUGGUUACGUUCGCGCUUGCCACCCUAGGAAUUUUCAGUUUCCUUCUUUACAAACGUGAAGCUCCGACGUACAACACGAUCUCAGAGCAACCGAGUGAUACUGGAUUGGGCAUGGAGAUGCCUCUAAGAUCAUUUACUUUCGAGGAACUCGAAAAGGCAACAGAUAAUUUCAAGGAAGUAUUAGGAAGGGGAUCUUUCGGAACCGUCUCUAAAGGAAAACUCCCGAAUGCAAGUCAAACAAUCAUUGCCGUCAAGAGAAUAGAGCCGAGGAUGGUAAACGAAGGAGAAAAGGAAUUUCUAGCCGAGAUGAGGGCGAUCAGCAGAACCCAUCACAGAAACUUGGUUCAACUGCUCGGGUACUGCCACGAGGGAACUAACAGGCUUCUGGUAUACGAGUACAUGGUGAAUGGCUCCCUUGCAGACUUCUUAUUCAAAUGCAAAGAACGUCCAUCUUGGAAUGUCAGAGUGGAAAUCGCUCUGAGCGUUGCCAGAGGUAUUCUCUAUUUGCAUGAAGAAUGCAAAAACCAGAUUAUUCACUGUGAUAUAAAGCCUCAGAACAUACUCAUGGAUCAGAACAACUCCCCCAAGAUUGCGGACUUCGGACUGGCUAAACUACUGAAACAAGACCAGACGAAGACGUUCACUGCAAUGAGAGGAACUAGAGGGUACAUUGCACCCGAGUGGUACCGGAACUUCCCUAUUACGGUUAAGGCAGACGUUUACAGUUUUGGGAUUGUGUUGAUGGAGAUUGUUUGCUGUCGAAGAGCCUUGAACAUGGAGCUUGCAGAAGAUGAAAUUGUACUAGUGGAUUGGGUUUUUCAGUGUUUAUAUGGUGGGAAGCUUGAUAAAUUGGUGACUGAUGAUGAGGAAGUGGACAUGAGAAAAUUUGAGAGGAUGGUGAUUGUGGCUUUAUGGAGCAUCCAAGACGAACCAUCUUUACGUCCUUCCAUGAAGAAUGUUGUGUUGAUGUUGGAAGGGACUAUAGAUAUUCCAAAUCCUCCUAAUCCAGAUUCUUCUGCUGCGAGUCCCGUUUAGAGUUCGUUUUCUUUAUGAAAUUUGUUUCCAUUAUUGCAUGUUGCAAAUUAUGAAUAUCGCAAGUCUGUUUUCUUUUACGAAAGGUGGGCUGUCUUUUAACUCCGACGAAAAUGCCCCGAAAAUAAAAAGAAAAAAAAGAGGGCCCAACCGGGUUCGAACCGGUGACCUCUUGAUCUGCA